AGGAAAUAUACAUGCAAUACUUUUGACACCGCUCUUGUUAUAAAUGCUUGUCACUCAUUUUACUGGAACCAGUUGGCUUUUAAGAUAUGUGCCAGUGCCAUGGUCACUGCUGGUGUUUUCCUUGGACCUGUAGCCUCCUGUUUUUGCACCUCUUUUCACAACACAAUGAGCCCAUUGAUGUGGAUUGAGAUGAUGCUCAUUUUGUCUCAGGCCUCUGGCACUAGUGGUGUGGAUUGGAAAGCUGAUUACCCGAAGGUUGUUUUGACCAAAAUGGGAGAAGAUGUGACCAUACCAUGCAAUGUUACCUAUCCCCCGUCCCCAUCUAAAGAGCUUGUCCAGGCCUACUGGAAACGCCAGGGGAAAAUUAAACUAACCAUAAAUGAUAAUGACAAGAAUGAAUUCCUCUAUCACCCCAUCAACACAUUCGUCAUCAAGAGUUUUCAGAACAGGACCAACCUGACAGGAAAUGUCACUAAGGGAAACUGCUCCCUGAACAUCAAGGGAAUUGAAGAAGGCGACAUGGGGAACUUCUACUACUUGAGAAUUGCCACUGGAGCCAAUAACUUCAGUUUUAUUAAUCAACUUGUCUCCAUUCAAAUAUCUGUGUUUGAGGACGCACUAUCCACGACCACAUAUAUUGCCACCACGGUCCCAGUGGUUGCAGUUCUACUGGUUGCUGUAUUGGGAAGUGUUUGGUUCUUCAAGUACAGGAAAAGGUCCAGGGGUGUCACUAAGCAAGAGUCUGGAUAUUAUGCUAAUUUCACCAUGACAACUCCAACGACCAAACCUGAAAGAGUCAAAACUACAAAGAAGAAAGAUGACACCCAAAUUCCUCCUCCAAAGGUCAUCGAUGAGCCCGUCUAUGGCAACGUCCAGGGUCCAGGCGAUCCGAUGGACAGUAUGGAUCAAAUGGACAGUGUAUAUGCAAAUGUGGAUCAUGCAAAACAGUGAUGAAGCUGCAUCUCAGAUAUCAGCACUGCUUAAUAAUACUUGUUGAAUAUGUGUGUGUGUGUGUUUGUGUUUUUAUCUUGAUUGUUUUCUUGUCAAAAGGCAGCUUACAGAGUAUCAGCCCUCAUUUCUCGUAUCCUGUUUGACUUUCACUUGGUUAGACAAUAAUAUGUGCAGUUUGUUUGUUAAAUGUAAUAUACAUAAUUCAGUAUGUAACUAUUUUUUUAAAGGACUGGCUUUCAAAUAAACAUACCUACUGAGAUAUGCUA